AAGAAAGCCGCGGGAGAGACGGACCUUGAGGACCCCCUCGUAGUCAUGCCCGAGGGGAAACACGACUACAACCUCAAAACCUUCUUCCCCCUCUUCUCAACCUACAUCUACGCCCUCAUCACAGACGCAGCCUCCCUCUCCUACGCCACGCAAGCCGUACUACGCGACUUCGCAGCAGACGGAGUCCGCUACCUCGAGCUCCGCACCACCCCACGCGCGACCUGUAACCCGACCGACGGCUCCGAGCGCCUCAGCAGGGAAUCCUACGUCCGCACCGUCCUGGCCGCGAUCACCUCGUACGAAAAAAACGACACGGACCGACGGGACCAGGACACCCUCCGCACCAAGUUGAUCCUCAGCAUCGACCGCCGCGACGACCUCCCCACCGCGACGGAAACCGUCCGCCUAGCCGCCCGGCUCCGCGACGAAGAGGAGGACCAGGACCAGGACCACCCGGAGACUCGUGGACUCGUGGUCGGGGUAGACCUCUGCGGCGACCCCACGGCCCGCACGGCGCUCGACCCUUCGCCCCGGGGCGGUGUCGCCGAGUUGACGCCCGCUUUCGCCGAGGCUAGGAAACGGGGACUGCAUGUCGCUGUGCACUUUGCCGAGUCGGAGGCGUCGGGGACGGAUGAGGAGCUUGUUACGUUGCUCUCGUGGCGGCCGGGCCGGUUGGGGCACGUCAUUUGGCUGAGUGACCGGGUGAAGGAGCUUGUGCGGCGGCGCGGGGAAUGUGGGGAGGAGGAGGAGGAGGAGGAGGGGGGGAUCCGGGGGAUUGGGCUGGAGUUGUGCCUGAGUUGCAAUGUCCUCGCGGGCAUGACGAAGGGUCCCUUGGCAGGGUUUGCGGGACAUCAUUUUGGGGAGUGGUGGGGUGCGAAGGGAUGUUGGGUGUCUCUGGGGACAGACGACGUCGGCGUCUUCGGCAGCCCGCUAUCGAACGAAUACCGACUGGCCGCCGAGCACUUCAACCUCUCAAACGCGCAGGUAUGCGAGCUUGCAAGCCUGGGGAUCGAGUCCAUCUUUGGCGGGGAGGAGGAAAAGGCGCGACUAAGACGAAUCAUGUGGACGAGUGCUUAAGGGCCGAUACCGCAUGGGCCUGGUCUUGGGCAACAGCAAGCAUUCACUCAAGUGUGCGAUAGAUCCGAGAUAGAUGGUAGAAGCAGUCGAAGCUGGAUGUUGA